AUGACUAAAAUAACCUUCGUCACCGGAAAUAAAAACAAGCUGAAAGAGGUGGUGGCAAUUCUGUCUCAAGGUGGCCCUUCCGAAGAAUCCAAAGUAGGCAACUUUGAGAUUGUCAGUGAAAGCAUAGACCUGGAUGAAGUCCAAGGAACUAUAGAGGAGGUGACCUUGCACAAGGCCAAAAGCGCUGCCAAACUGCUCAAUCGUGCUGUUCUCGUUGAAGACACUGCGCUGGGAUUCAGGGCGAUGAACAAUCUCCCAGGCCCUUACAUCAAAUGGUUUCUGAAGUCCCUUGGACUAGAUGGCCUCAACAAGAUGCUCUAUAAGUUCGAUGACAAGACCGCGUAUGCUACUUGCACUUUCGGUCUCUGUCUUUCUCCAGACUCAGAGCCAAUACUGUUUCAAGGGAUAACAGAGGGCGAAAUCGUUUCGGCGAGAGGGCCAACCAACUUUGGAUGGGAUCCCAUAUUCCAGCCAAAGGGAUUCGACACAACAUAUGCGGAGAUGGAUGGGAAGACCAAAAACACUAUCAGUCACAGGUACAAGGCAUUGGAGAAGCUCAGGGAGUAUUUACUACAGAAUUAG